AUGAUUCAGCUACAGUCUCUAUGCCUUCGAGUGGACCGUAAUGCUCAGAACAAGUUCGAAUACCGUAACAAUAUCCUCAUCAGAUACACCCAGGAGUACCGUGUCACCGCCGAGAUCGACGGCGUAGCCAAGACCCGGGUGACUAAGAACGGAAUAACUGCAGGAAGGUGCGUGCAGUCCGUCAACGUUUGGGUCUCCGGAGAGCAGGAUGUGCCUGGUGCCCCGCAAGUUUCGUCCGACUUCUUCAGAUGGAGUUCCUGA